AUGAGUGACAACACGUCAGGACCUCUAGAACGCCCUGCCAGGCCAAGUCUCGAGAAAGUUGAUAUCGAGAACUCUGAGGAUGAGAGGAAGAAAAGGAUCAGGUCUCUUAGGAAGGUGGCAAUUAGUGCCUCCUCGAAGUUCAGGCAUUCUUUGACUAAAAAGGGCCGCAGAAACAGUAGAGUUAUGUCUGUUGAGAUUGUGGAUGAGCAUGCUGAUGAGGAAUUGAAGGCUGUGGAUGCCUUACGUCAAGCACUUAUCCUGGAAGAACUACUACCUGCAAAAUAUGAUGACUAUCACAUGAUGCUAAGGUUCUUGAAGGCCAGGAAAUUUGAUAUUGAGAAAACAAAGCAAAUGUGGGCUGAUAUGAUUCACUGGAGGAAGGAAUUCAAUGCUGAUACAAUUAUGGAGGAUUUUGAUUUUAAGGAGAGAGACGAGGUCCUUAAAUAUUAUCCACAAGGGCACCAUGGAGUUGACAAGGAUGGCAGACCUGUUUACAUUGAAAGACUUGGGCAGGUUGAUUCCACCAAGCUCAUGCAAGUCACAACAUUGGACCGUUAUCUUAAGUACCAUGUACUGGAGUUUGAGAGGACCUUUAUUGAUAAGUUCCCGGCCUGCUCCAUUGCAGCAAAAAGACACAUUGACCAGAGCACAACCAUUUUGGAUGUACAAGGAGUGGGACUGAAACAAUUCAACAAAGCUGCUAGGGAACUCAUUCAGCGACUUCAGAAGAUUGAUGGUGAUAAUUAUCCCGAGACCCUCUGCCGCAUGUACAUCAUCAAUGCGGGAUCUGGAUUUAGGCUCUUGUGGAAUACCGUCAAGUCAUUCCUUGACCCAAAGACCACUGCCAAGAUCCAUGUUUUGGGCAACAAAUACCAGAGCAAGCUGCUUGAGAUCAUUGAUGCUAGUGAGCUACCCGAGUUCUUGGGAGGUACAUGCACCUGUGCAGAUAAAGGUGGUUGCAUGCGUUCGGAUAAGGGCCCUUGGAAUGAUUCAGAAAUUAUGAAGAUGGUAUGUAAUGGUGAGCACAAAUGCUCGAGCAAAGUUCUUAUUUCAUCUGUGGACGAGAAAACAAUUUCUGAGGACGAGAAUGCCAAGAAUGUGAAGAAAAACAGCUCUUUCAACAAGGGAACAGAUUCUCCGAAGGUUUCUAGGGCACAUCUCUUUCCUGUUCAUGAGGAAGUAACCAAAAAGCUCAGUUCAUAUGAGUCUGAUGUGUAUGUCCGAGUGGUAGACAAGGCUGUUGACUCAAAUUGGCAGAAAGCAGCAAAAGCUGCAGCUUAUUUCCCCGUCCACGAUACUUGCAAGCCUUCCGAAGGACUUGGCAAUCAUCUCUUUACCGGAGUUGUGACCUUAGUCAUGGGAGUAGUUACUAUGGUGCGCAUGACACGUAACAUGCCAAAGAAACUCACAGAUGCCACCCUCUAUUCUUCUUCCAUGCACGGCGCUGAUGAUUUGGUCAAAGGUCAAUCUAAUGGCUACGGAUUGCAGGCUCCUGCCAUUUCGAGCGCUGAUUACUUUGCCAUGAUGAAACGCAUGAACGAGCUGGAAGAGAGGGUGACUGUUCUUAGCAAGAAACCAACUACUAUGCCACCCGAGAAAGAGGAAAUGCUGAAUGCCGCGUUGAAUCGUGUUGGUAUGCUGGAACAAGAGCUUUCAGCUACAAGAAAGGCUCUCGAGGAUGCUCUUGUGCGACAAGGGGAGCUCCUAGCCUACGUUGAGAAGAAGACUAAGAAGAAGAAGAAGUUCUUUGCUUUCUAA